UACCUUCAACCAAACACACCACAAACACCAUUCUCUGCUUUGUCUUCCUCACAACCACAAACAAACAAAAAGCAGCAAUGGCUCCUUCUUCUUCUUCUUCAACUCAUUACUCACUUCUCAUAAUAAUGCUUGCCACCACCUUCCUCCUGACACCCGCCAACUCCCUCAUCCUCACUCUCGUCAACAACUGCAACUACACCGUCUGGCCCGCCAUCCAACCUAACUCCGGCCACCCCGUCCUCGCAGCCGGCGGCGGCUUCCCCCUCCACCACUUCACCCACACUUCCAUCCCCUUCCCGGACACCCACUGCGGUAACCGCCUAACCUGCGCCACCGGCGACUGCUCCGGCCGCCUCCAGUGCAACGGAGCCGGAGGGUCCGCUCCCGCCACCUUAGCCCAGUUCGAGGUCCACCACGGCGCCGGCGACUACUCGUCGUACGGCGUGAGCGUGGUGGACGGUUUCAACGUCCCUUUCACCAUCACGCCUCACGAGGGAAAAGGCGUUUGCCCCGUGGUAGGUUGUCGGAGCGAUCUGGUUGCCACGUGUCCCGUGACGUUGCAACACCGUGUGCCUUCUGGUCAUGGCCCCGUGGUUGCUUGCAAGAGUGGGUGCGAGGCUUUUCACACGGACGAGUUGUGUUGCCGGAACCAUUUCAACAACCCUCAAACUUGCAAGCCUUCGGUGUAUUCCACCUUCUUCAAGCACGCGUGCCCUCAGUCUUUUACCUUCGCACACGACACACCUUCUCUCAUGCAUCAGUGUUCUUCUCCGCGUGAACUCAAGGUCAUCUUCUGUCAUUAGAAUAUUCUGUGUUUUUAAGUGUAUUUCAGUUUCAAGUUUAGUGCUUUGUUUAGGGUGUGAAGUGUGAACAAUGUUGGAGUCAAAAAUGUUAUGUAUGGAGUUUGUGCCUGAGCUUCAUGUGAUGAACUGAUCAAGGGUACAGUGGUUACUAUUUCUAGUACUUUCUGUCAAAUUUACUGCUUAGAAUCGAGUUUCAAACGGACCAAUGCUUUUUCA